ACUGAGCCGAGCGGAGCCCAGCGGAGAUGGGGUCCACGCCCAGCGCGCCCGCCCAUUCUACAGGUCGGAGAGAACACUCGCGGCGCACCGCUGGGAGCCUCCUGACGUGCUCGCCUUCCCAAAGAUUUGGACGACCAGUCCCGAUUUUGAGUAUUGGUGGAGUGGAAAAAACGUGCAGUCGGGAAGGGGCGACUGACUCGAGGUGACCGAUAACUGAGGCGUUGAAUGAGAGCAUUGGAAAUGCUGCUGGAUUGGAGAUGCUUGCGGAGCAGAGGGGAAACCCUAGCAAUUCCCUGGUGAACACAAGCCCGUGGUCUCUCUUUCGAAAAAUACAAGGCUGGGUCCCUGCCGGAAGCUGUUCAGCCCUAGGCAAGCGGCGGGAUUGCGUUUUCUUCGGUUCCCCGACUUUGCUUUCAAGUAGUCAAGUUAAAGAAAGAUUAAUUGGCGUUGCAUUUCCAGGAAGAAGAAAAAGAAGUCUCUCCGCAAAUGAAUGUACGCUCUUUCAAAAACGCUUCUUCCCUAAAGCGGAGGAUCCACGCUUCUAAAUUCCUUUCUCGUGAAAACACAGUUUAAAGGAAUCCCUUGGGCCAGCAACGCGCUUCUGAAAAUGAGCUCUCCGAGGAGCCGUGGGGUGACGUCAUCUAGGCGCGACCAGCCGUAAACCCUGGCUCCGCCGGUCAGCUCGCAGUCUCACUCUAUCAACUGGCUGUGCUGCGGUGGCCUCUGUCUCGCUUCUGCGGCGAUGGACAACCCUGGGGAGUCGCCCACAGACAAGGGCGGAGAGCCAGCGGAGUCAGAGGAGAUGAGGACUACUCCUGGGGUCCCGGCGACCGCCGACACUGUGGGAAUCCCGGAGGAAACCGACGGGGAUGGAGACGCGGACUUGAAAGAAGCGGCGGUGGAGGAAAGUGAGAUCAAGAGCCAGGACGUCUCAGAUCUAACAGCAGUUGAGAGGGAAGACCCGUCUUUACUUACUCCUGCAGCCAAAAAGCUGAAACUGGACACCAAGGAGAAGAGAGAGAAGAAGCAGAAAGUGGACGAGGAUGAGAUUCAGAAGAUGCAAAUCCUCGUCUCUUCUUUUUCUGAGGAGCAGCUGAACCGUUACGAAAUGUAUCGCCGGUCAGCUUUCCCUAAGGCAGCCAUUAAAAGGCUGAUCCAGUCUAUCACGGGGACCUCUGUGUCCCAGAAUGUUGUGAUUGCCAUGUCUGGAAUUUCUAAAGUUUUUGUGGGGGAGGUAGUAGAAGAAGCCCUGGAUGUGUGUGAGAAGUGGGGAGAGAUGCCACCACUGCAGCCCAAGCACAUGCGGGAGGCUGUUCGGAGGCUGAAGUCCAAGGGGCAGAUCCCCAACUCUAAGCACAAGAAAAUCAUCUUCUUCUAGAUCUGCCUGAGAGCGGUCCAGACUCCACAGCUGGGCUGUGCAUUGGUGCUCCUCGUCAGUGCUCCAAGGACCCACGAUGCUGAUGUCAGUGUCUCUGUCACACCUGUAAGGCACUAGUAACAAAGACAAAGACAACCUGCUGGCUUCACUUUGAAGCCUAAAGUUGCUACAACCCAGGUUGUUUCUUGCCUCUGGUUUUUAGAAACUUAACCUUGGGUCAUCUGCCAUGAAGUCACAAGGGUGACAUACUUCAUGUUGUUAACAUUUCAGAUUCUCCUGCGGAGUUACCAUUAAACUUUUCCGACUUGUGUGGAAAAGUUUAUUUUGUUGAAGGCAAAAUUUAUCAUUCUUCCACUGUCUAAAUAAAACUAACCAGUCUUGAUUUUGGUUUUUGAAGACAGGGUUUCACCAAGGAGCCCUAGCUGGCUCCCAAGUGCUGGGAUUAAAGGCAUGCACCAACACCA